AUGGCAGGACCAAAUUAUUUACUUAUUGGUACUGGAAUAAAAAUUCCUGUUAUACUAUUAACUAUUGCAGUUUUGGCACUUCUUGAUCCAAGAUACCUUACAGCAUAUAUUUCUAUUAAUUAUGAAAUUGUUAUUAUAUAUAUUGUUGCUUCAUUAACACUAUUAUAUGCUUUAGUUUCUAUAAUAAUGUAUAUUGUAAUAUCAUGUAAAGGUAUAACAGAAAAUUUAAGUAUUACAAAUGUAGCCUUAUCUGAAAUUGUUCUUUGUGCAGCUGGAAUAAUAGGAUGGUUAAUUGUUUGUGGAAUUGGAGGAACAGUAUCUCAAAGAACAAUAAUAGAUACAGGUGAACUUUUUGGGUGGUUAGCAGCAUGUGCUGGAGUUAAUAUUGGAUUAUUCUUAGGAAUUUUAGCUAUCUUUGCAUUAAACUUAAUAAACGAAAAAGUAAUGUCUCCAGAUAGAAAAUUUCGUACUUCAGGAAGUAGUUACUAUGCUGGACAAAAAAUUUAG